UUUAUGUGUGUUUUUGCACGAGCAAAAACCGCUUGAUUAUUUGCUCUGCGUGUUGACGUCACUGGUCUACUACGGGCCGCCUCCUAGCUAAGAAGAUGCUGAUCCGCCUCCCCCUUGCAUCAGCACCAUUUCUGUUAUCCUCACAAAGCGUCCGAAGAGAGAGAGAGAGAGAGGAGGAGGAGAGAGAGAGAGAGAGGGAGAAAGGGAGAGCUACUACCCCACCUCACCAGAGCGCAGAGGCGUCAGACUGUUUCCACAGCAUCCCGGUUACGCACUUUACCAGAGGCCCCGACGACGGAUCGCAGCGCCAGAAACAGCUGAAGAAGAAGUCAGCAUAGCCGAACGCACGGCCGCAGCUACAGUCAGUGAUGGAGAGCCUGCUGGAUAAUCCAAUGAAAGCCGUUCUGUACCUGAAGGAGCUCACCACCAUCGUCCAAAACCAGCAAAGCCUGAUCCAGACGCAGCGCCAACGCAUCGACGAGCUCGAGCGAAAGGUGGAGGACCUGAUCGGCGAGAACCGACAGCUGCGGGACCCCCACCACUACGUCCAGCAGCCCCCUCAGCAGCUGCAGCAGCAGCAGCAGCAGCAUCAGCAGCAGCAGCAGCAACACCUUCACCACCACCACCACCACCACCACCCGACUCACCGCAGCGCCAGUCCCCAGGCGCCGGCCCACCUCCAUCAGCACCCGGUGAGCAACAAAGCCGCGGCUCAUCUCGGCCAUCAGGCUCAGCUGCAGCAGCAGCAGCAGCUGCCUCCACCUCAGCCUCAGCAGCAGCAGCAGCAGCAGCCGCCUCAGCAGCCUCAGCAGCAGCCUCAGCAGCAGCAGCAUAUCGCCAGUCUAUCGGCCCAGCCUCAGCAGCACCCGACUCCUCCUGCGCCGUCUUCCCACCACCCCCAGCAGCUGCAGCUCGUUCCCACCUCGCCGCAGUCGCCCAAAGCGAGCCAAGCCAGCCCCGACUCCGCCGAGGAGGACAAGAGGAGCCCCUGCUGCAAGUCUCUUGUUCCGCAGACUCCAACCACUCUCUGCCGCUCCGUUGGACUGGCCAGGAAAGCGGAAAACCAAACAGUUCUCCACCAGUUCUGCUGCCCAGCCCCCGAGGCCCCCGAGGGAGAGACCUCGACCGCCUGUGUCCCCAGCGAUGACCUUUCUCCAGAUUCGUCUAUGGGGGAGGAAGGGAAGGGAGGAGAGGGGGAGCUGCAGAGUGGGGCCCAGUCACAACCACAGCCAGAACCAGAACCAGAACCAGAACCUGAACCAGAACCGGAACCACAGCAACAUCAGCAAGAGACUCAACCACAGGCUCAGCCGCAACCCCAGUCUGAGCCCCAACCACAGACUCAGCCUCAGCCCCAGCCAGAAGUCAAACCUCAGCCAGAGCCCGAACAGAAACCGCAGCCUGCACGGGAGCCCGAGCCCGAACCCGAACCUGAGCCUGAGCCCGAGCCUGAGCCCGAGCCUCAGCCCGAGCCUCCGCCCCAAGUCGAGGCUCCGAGUGAGGCGGCGCCUCAGGACGCCUCUGAAGCCCCCUCUUCGCCUCGCAGGGAGGAUCAGACGGCGGGCGAGGAAGAGGAUCAAAAGUCAGAAGAAGCUGUGGAGGCAAAGGGAGCGCAGGUGGAAGAGGAGGCGCAGGCCGAGGCGGCGCAGGAGGAAGAGGACGACGAGGAUGGGGGAGGCGCAAAAGGAGGUGGCGCGGGGAGGAGAGCCAGUCUGCACCACACGGCCUCUCCGUUGAGGGUGCAGCGCAACGGGGCCGGCUCCCACUCCACCACUUCUGACUAUGAGCUCUCGCUUGACCUCAAAAAUAAGCAGAUCGAAAUGUUAGAGCAGAAAUACGGUGGCCACCUCAUCUCCCGCCGUGCCGCCUGCAAGAUCCAGACUGCCUUCCGCCAGUACCAGCUCAGCAAAAACUUCGAGAAAAUCCGCAACUCGCUUCUGGAGAGUCGUCUGCCUCGACGCAUCUCCCUGCGCAAGGUCCGAGUGCAAAAUACGGAGGGAUUCUCCGCUGAGCGGGCCCUGGCAGAAGGCUGCAACUUGGCAGGCAUCCCACUGGUCCGCUCACCAUCUCUGCCUGCCACAGUUGGUGGCACCCUGACAGACCUGGAAGACUCCUUCACCGAACAGGUCCAGUCACUGGCAAAGUCCAUAGAUGAUGCACUGAGCAACUGGAGCUUAAAGACCAUGUGUUCACUGCAGGAAGGUGGCACCUAUCAGUUCAGUGCCGACUCCUUCAAUGCAGCAGCAGCAGGAGUAGGAGUAGGAGUAGGAGUAGGAGGGGUUGGAGAAGCAGGUGGUGCAAGAGAGUCAACAGUUCACCAAGGCCCGGUGGAUCCAAGUGACCUGUCGAGAAGUGCUAGCAAGCUGAUGAUGGCAUUUCGAGAUGUGACGGUGCAGUUUGACAGCCAGAACUUCCGUGUUUCGUCUUCAGUCCUGGAAUCCUCCACGUCUGUUACACUCGGCAGCAGCGUCCAGCAAGAAGGCGCACCCACUACUGUCACAUCCACUCCCAUAACGACAAACUCCACACCAUCCUUCAUCCCACCUGGUCCCUCACAAGAACCUCCUCCUCCUCCUGUAGAGGUCCCAGCUGAACCUAUAGAUCCCCCACCGCCACCACAAGAACCACCACCACCACCCCCAGAGCCAGAGAUAGAGGGAAGCGACCAGGACGUUGAAUUCCCUGCACCGCCUCCUAGUGAAGAAGAGCUGUGUGAGGAAGACCUACCUCCUCUUACCCCACUGGAUAAGAUGGCCGCCCCUCAAAGCCCAGAGAAGGCCGCGAUGGUGGCACCACCACCACCAAGAGAACCCCCUUAUGCCCCUCCACCACAGGAGGCCGUAACACUGGGAAUCACUCCUUUGGCGGAGCCUCUGGAUGUCAAGAGAUGUGGCUCCGAGACAGCGGACAACAGCUCGGAGCAGAUGAGCAGCAGCAGCACGUCGACGGAGGCGCGCUCGACAUCCGAAGCCUCGUCCAAGGAGGCACUGCAGGCCAUGAUCCUCAGCCUGCCACGCUACCACUGUGAGAACCCAGCAAGCUGUAAAUCACCCACGCUGUCCACGGACGUCAUGCGAAAACGCCUCUACCGCAUCGGCCUGAACCUCUUCAAUGUAAACCCCGACAAGGGCCUACAGUUCCUGAUCUCGCGAGGCUUCAUCCCGGACACGCCCAUCGGCGUGGCACACUUCCUGCUGCAGAGGAAGGGCCUGAGCCGACAGAUGAUCGGAGAGUUCCUCGGCAACAGCAAGAAGCCCUUCAACAGAGAUGUCCUCGACUGCGUGGUGGAUGAGAUGGACUUCUCAGGCAUGGAGCUGGACGAGGCACUGAGGAAGUUUCAGGCUCACAUUCGUGUCCAGGGAGAAGCUCAGAAGGUGGAACGUCUUAUAGAGGCUUUCAGCCAGCGCUACUGCAUGUGUAACCCAGACGUGGUGCAGCAGUUCCACAAUCCGGAUACCAUCUUCAUCCUGGCGUUCGCCAUUAUUCUGCUCAACACCGACAUGUACAGCCCCAACAUCAAGCCCGACCGCAAGAUGUUGCUGGAGGACUUCAUCCGCAACCUUCGAGGUGUGGAUGACGGCGCAGACAUCCCUAGGGACAUGGUGGUGGGAAUCUACGAAAGGAUACAACUGCGAGAGCUGCGCUCCAACGAAGACCACGUCACCUACGUCUCCAAGGUCGAGCAGUCCAUCGUCGGCAUGAAAACGGUUCUGUCUGUCCCUCACAGAAGACUGGUGUGCUGCAGUCGACUUUUUGAGGUGACCGAUGUCAAUAAAGCCCAAAAACAAGCGGCGCACCAGAGAGAAGUCUUCCUCUUCAACGAUCUUAUUGUGAUCUUGAAGCUUUGUCCAAAGAAGAAGAGUUCUGCAGCCUACACUUUCUGCAAAGCAAUGGGCCUACUUGGCAUGCAGUUCCACCUUUUUGAAAAUGAAUACUACCCUCAUGGAAUCACCAUCCUCUCGCCGUUUGGCUCGGACAAGAAGCAGGUACUCAACUUCUGUGCCCAAAGCGCCGAGGAGCUACUCAAGUUUGUAGAAGAUCUGAAGGAGUCAAUCGCAGAGGUGUCUGAGAUGGAGCAGAUACGCAUCGAGUGGGAGCUGGAGAAGCAGCAGGGGGCAAAGACACACUCGGUAAAGAACAACGGCACACAGCUCGAGCUGCGCGGCAGACAGGGCUCCCCAUCAGGAAACCAGGAGUUAGAUGACAGAAGUGGACACAAUGCAGUUGAGGUGUCAAUUCACAACAGGCUUCAGACGUACCAGCUCAGCAGCAGCAGCAGCAGCAGCACGGCUCGGAGCCCCGAGAGCGUGGCCCUUCUUAACCACCGCGGAGAGCUGCUUUACCAGCAGGCGCCCCAGGGGCUAACCCAGGGGCCGGCGCCUCCUCCUCCUCCUCCUCCGCCCCAGCACCCGCAGCUGCAGUCAGCGGCGAGCACCCCCGCCCACCACCUCCCCUUCCAGCAUCAGCAGCAGCACCACCACCACCACCACCAGCCCGCUGUCAGCAUGGCUGACCUGCGGCCCGACGCUCUCAUCCAGUGUCAGCAGAUCGUCAAGGUCAUCAUGCUCGACAACAGCAGCCAUGGACGCGUGGAGGCCUUCCUCAGCCAGACGCCCACACACCACCACUACCAGCACCACCAGCACCACCACCACCACCACCACAGCCACCACCAGCUGAGCCAGUCCGCCAUGUCCACCCCCGUCCGCUCGCCGGACGGCUCGCACGGCAACGACGGCCACCAGCCCCCGCUGCCCCCGCCGCCCCCACCUUACAACCACCCGCACCAGUACAUACCCCCAGACCCCCGCCUCAGUCUACAUCGGACCCCAAGCGGCUCUCGGAGCAUGGUGUAAAUAAAUAAAUAAAUAAAUAAAUAAAUUAGUAUUCCCCCCCCCCCCCGAAACGCUUUCACAUAAACCCCUCCCCCCUUCUCUAUUCUCUAUUUAACAGUACAUAAUGUACAUAUAUACAUACAUACAGAUGAAAGAGCUAUAAUGACAAAAUAAAACCCCACUUAUAUGCAUAUAUUUAAGGAAAAAAAAGAAAUGAAAGAAAAAACAAGGUUUUAAAAAAAAAUAAGAAAAAAAUAAGUGCAUAUAGAAAGUUUUACUUGACUCCACAUGUAUUUUGAAAUAUUACGUAGUUUUAACAAAUUUCUAUAACUUUUUUGUCAGUUUUAACUCUUGCUAGAGGACAACUCGCAGACGUUCAGUUCGCGGAUGGGUUCCUUGUAGUCGCAGUAUUCACCUCCAACGAAACGAAACGAAAAACAACAGAAACACACGAAGCGCUUGAUUAUUUUAUUUAUUUACCCCCUACCCCCAGAGAUGGACGGACGGACGGACGGACUUGCUCCGAGGAGCCCCCCGCUUCCGUCCUUCGACCGUCCAUGGAACCUCACGGCCACUGUGCUGUGUGCGCGUAGUUGACACUUUAAACUGGAAAAAAAAAAAAAAACGUGUGCCAAAAUACGUACUCCUCCACUAGACACCGACUCCUUUGCACUUGACUAAAUGCUAGGGCUAGAAAAUAAACUAAAAAAUCCUUUGCUUAUUUAAAAAAAAAAACAACAAAAAAAUAGUCAUUUCAGGCUUUUUGCUCAAGGAGUACAAAAAAAAAUAAUAACAGAGUCAAAACCUAUCUACCCAUAUGCGCUGUUGCUGAUUUAUUUAUGUGAUGGAGGGCCUUCUCUCUUCUUCUCCGCUUGCUCCAGAUUAAAAAAAAAACAAAAAACAAAGCAAAGUGACAUCCUCCAAUAAACUGUCUUCGUCGUCCAUUUCUCUGUUGUGUUGUGGCUCUCUAUCACCAGAAGACGCUCACUCUCCACGGAUCGAUCCGCAGCGAAGGACGACAUGAACCACGCCCCAGGGUGGUUCGGAUGUUCGCCUCCUCGUGUUUAAUAUUGUUAAGGCUUCCCAGGAAUUUUCAUACUUUGAAAUGGUCUCGAAACUUUUGUAAAUGGCCGAGUGAUCAUGUGCGGCACACGCACCGCUCUGCCAUAUGUUCAAAUGCUUCUUCGCUUUUUUCAGGAUGCCCACGAUAGACGUUUCCGCUACAACCGUAAAUUGUCGAGAUGUGUGUUUUAUUCUGAUUUGCCUUUGUGCCGCCUCUGUGUGCGUGUGUGUGUGCGUGUGUGCGCGUGUGUUUUCCGGAUGAAACGCAGUCCGGGCCAAGAAAACACCUCCGUGGACUCCGUCGUCACGUCUGUGCGCGUCUGUACGACUCCUCCCGGGUUUUUUUCUCCCCCCAUCUCAGAUCUAUGUGACUGCUCCCUCUUUCCUCCUAAUCUUUUUUCCAUCUGACAUUUUCAAAAAAAGGCAAAAACCACACGCGGCUUAUAUUGCAAACGCUGGCAUUAACGGUAUUGUUUGUGCUGUUGGCUACCCUGCUUUUAAAUGAGAACGGGACAAAAAGAAUGCAUUAUCUGAUCUCUUUCUAUUUCACCUCAGCCUAGAUUGUAAAUACCGCCUGCGAGCAGUGUCAGAAAGAACAAGCAAGCUACCUUUAGCCCCCUUCAAAUUGCUGUCGCCCUGUCAAGCAUCCUUCAUUCUGAAAUAGGUCAGCGACUGCCCCGGCCUGGAUGCGCGUCCAUCUUUUAAACAUAAGCCCCAGCAGGUACUGUGGAAUGGAUGUUCAGUUAACUCUGCUCCCAUCUGACCCGUUUGUUGAUUUAUAAUCACAGAGCCACUGCAGGGAGGUCUCCAUUUCACCUUUCUGUCCUUUUCCUCUUUUGAUUCCACCUCGUGAAAAGACAAAGGUUGCACCACAAAAAAGAAAAGAAAAAAAGGUUGCAGCGCAGACACAGAUGAGGAGCGUGUGACCUUCCCAGUAAACAAAUCCAUCCUGAUCUCCUGUUCACCCUAGGGAUUGCUUCUUUUACAAAAAAAAAUUAAAAAAAUUGACGUUACAAUGAGAAAAAUGAAGAUGUGAGAUGUUUGGUUAAAUGCUUUCACUGGUAAACUUUUGGAGAUUGCGUCACGGAGAGAGAUCUCACUGAUUGAUGGCGAUUCUACGGUUCGUCAUUUUAUUUGCUUUAACCAACUUUCAGAUGUAUCGCCAUUGAUUUUUCUUCAUGCAUGACAUCUUUUUGAAGGCCUAUUUGAACCCCCGCAACGAUUUAUUGUGCAUGAUGGAUCUUGCUGCUUAUGAUGUAAAAGAAGGUUUGUGCUGAGUU